AGCGGAAAUGAACCGAGGAGUCUCCGUGAGCUGUUAAUUUGUCCUCAUUUAUCAAUAAUCUGUGAACAAUUUGUCUGAAGAAGGUAACAUACACGCGGUAGAAGAUGUCGGAAACGGGGAACCGGCUGCGGAAGCUGCUCGAAUCGCCGAAUUUCGACCCGCAAAAUUACGUCAAGCAGCUGUCACAGCAGUCCGAUGGCGACAGGGAUUUACAGGAGCACCGGCAAAAAAUCCAAAACCUGGCCGACGAAACGGCUCAAAACCUGAAGAAAAAUGUCUACAAGAACUACAGACAGUUCAUCGAGACGGCCAAAGAGAUCUCGUACCUGGAGAGCGAGAUGUACCAGCUGAGCCACAUCCUGACCGAGCAGAAGAGCAUCAUGGAGAGCAUCACUCAGGCCUUACUGUCCACAGACAAAGACGAGACCUCCAAAGAGAUGCAGGCCGCCUUCCCCAAAGAGACGGAGGAGGUGAAGCAGAGGACGCUCACCUCACUGCUGGAGAAGGUGGAGGGAGGCAAAAACAUCAUGGACACCCCGGGGCGGCACCUGGUCUACAAUGGGGACCUGGUGGAGUUUGAUGUUGACAACAUGUCCCCCAUCCAGAAGGUGCACGCUUUCCUGAUGAACGACUGUCUGUUAAUCGCCACCUGGCUGCCGAACCGCCGAGGAACGGUGAAGUACAAAUACAACGCCCUGUACGACCUGGAGAGCUUCGCUGUGGUCAACGUGAAGGACAACCCUCCCAUGAAGGACAUGUUCAAGAUCCUCAUGUUCCCGGACAGUCGCAUCUUCCAGGCGGAGAACAGCAAAAUCAAGAAGGAGUGGCUGGAGAUCCUGGACGAAACCAAGAAGAACAAAGUCACCAAGGACAGGCACAAGAAAGAGGAGGAGGCCCCCGCUUCUCCAGCGAGGGCCGAGGUGUCCACCAACCCUUUCGACGUGGACGACGACGAGCCGGCCGACGCCGAAGAGAGCGUGGACCUCAGCCUGGAGUGGAUCCAGGAGCUGCCGGAGGAUCUGGACGUCUGCAUCGCCCAGAGAGACUUCGAGGGUGCCGUGGACCUGCUGGACAAGCUCAACGAGUAUCUGAAAGAGCAGCCGGUCACCCCGAGGGUCCGAGAGCUGCGGCUGAAGGUGGACGAGCGCGUGCGGCAGCUGACGGAGGUCCUGGUGUUCGAGCUGUCUCCGGAUCGGUCUCUCCGCGGUGGACCUAAAGCCACCCGGCGGGCCGUGUCCCAGCUGAUCAGACUAGGCCAGUCCACCAAAGCCUGCGAGCUGUUUCUGAAGAACCGGGCUGCCGCGGUGCAGACGGCCAUACGGCAGCUCCGCAUCGAAGGAGCGACGCUGCUCUACAUCCACAAGCUCUGCAACAUCUUCUUCACCAGCCUGCUGGAGACGGCCAAAGAGUUCGAGAUGGACUUCGCAGGGAACACGGGCUGCUACUCCGCCUUCGUGGUCUGGUCCCGAUCGGCCAUGAGGAUGUUUGUGGACGCCUUCAGCAAGCAGGUGUUCGACAGUAAGGAGAGCCUGUCGACGGCGGCAGAGUGCGUGAAGGUGGCGAAGGAGCACUGUCAGCAGCUGACGGAGAUCGGCCUGGACCUGACCUUCACCCUGCAGUCCCUGCUGGUCAAAGACAUCAGGGCGGCCCUGCUGAGCUACAAGGACAUUAUCAUGGAGGCCACCAAGCACCGCAACUCUGAGGAGAUGUGGAGGAGGAUGAACCUGAUGACGCCCGAGGCUCUGGCUAAACUCAAGGACGAGAUGCGCGGCUGCGGUAUGGGCAGCUUCGAGCAGUACACCGGCGACGACUGCUGGGUGAACCUGAGCUACACCGUCGUGGCCUUCACCAAGCAGAUGAUGAGCUUCUUGGAGGAAGGCCUGAAGCUCUACUUCCCCGAGCUGCACAUGGUGCUGCUGGAGAGCCUGAGGGAGAUCAUCCUGGUGGCCGUGCAGCACGUGGACUACAGCCUCCGCUGCGAGCAGGACGCCGAGAAGAAGGCUUUCAUCGUGCAGAACGCCGCCUUCCUCCACGACACCGUGCUGCCGGUGGUGGAGCGCAGGUUCGAGGAGGGCGUGGGCAAGCCGGCCAAACAGCUGCAGGACCUGAGGAAGAGCACCAGACCGGUUCGAAUCAACCCAGAGAGUACCACAUCUGUGGUCUGAGACUGCAAGAAGGUCUGGAGGACAAAAAAACACUGAAAUGUUCUUUUACUGACUGUUCUGGCACGUUCAGCUCUCAUUUUAGAAACAACCAUAAUCAUAGAGUUCUGGUUAUUUUGAGAUUACAGGACAGGAAGUGACAGGAAGCAGCAUGGAGGACAGCAGAAGAAGAAACCUGAAGAUACGUGUGUGUCAGAAGUGACUUUGCACCUGAAUUCCACUCAGAAAAACACCUGAUUCUGGCUCAUGUGGAUGAAAAACGAUCUGAUGCUGUUUGACGGUUUGGAAGCUGAGUAUCCUGACGUUCGAUUCAAAGUCGUCCAUCUUUGAUUUUGAUGCCACGAUUUGACACUAACCAUCUCGCAUGCUAGCACUGAUUAAAAGGGAUGACUGAAAUGCAAACUGCUAAAUGUUCACUGUUGGAAAGUUUGUGUUGGAGUUGAAUAAAGGUGGUCAAACACAGGAGCAGCUGUUCAGCGUCUGUGUUCCCGCUCAGAGAAAAGAGUAACGAGUGAAUCUGAAAGAAUUAACAUGAAGCGAACAGCGAGCUCCGAGCAAGAUGUGGAAAUAGAUCCACAGAUCCUUUUCAUCUUCAAAUCUUUUAUAGAAUCAAAGAAGAACUGAAGCAUCGGCUGAACAUCUGUAACACAACACAUGAUAAAAUAACACGUUCCUCUGUGGCUGAGCCAAAAACCCCACUGCUGUUCACGCAGUUUAUUGAUCCUGCUUUUGUCACAAUGGCGCCCUCUUGUGUCAGCUUAUGGAACACUGGUUGACAUCCUGGAAAACAGCCAUUUAGACAGUUUUGGUUAUUUCUCUUGUAUAAAAUCUGUA